AUGUCGUACUUAGAUCAAGACGAAUACAACUAUUUUACAUCUACAUCACAUUUUGAUAUUGAACCUUAUUUACCAAAGUACUACAACAAUAUUAAUUAUUCUUCUACAAAUCAUUAUUUUGUUCGUGCAUCCGAAUCAUGGCACUAUCCAACACAAUGUGAACCUUCUGGUUUUGAAACCUUUUCUUGCAAAGUCGUUGACAACGACAUGAUUGAUGAUAUUCUUUCCGAUGAACAUGUCUUAAGUGUAGAACCAUCAUCGCCCAUUGAAUUUCAUGCUAGAUUUGCGGCCGCAUUUGCACAAUGUGGAACCAACGCGAAUAGUUACGAAGGCUGGAAACUUCGUCCAGAUCGAAGACUUACAACACUAUUGGGUCUCACAGGAGACGGUCAGACUGUCACAAUUGUUGAUGAUGGUGUUGAUUUUUCACAUACUUUCUUUUCAGAUUCAACAGUUCCAAUUGAUGGUCCAAACACAUAUCCUACCCACAGAAAGAUCUACAAAUACGAGAACUGGACCAAUUCAUCCACUGAGUUUAACAUCAGUGAUCACGUUCAUGGUACAUACUGUGCCGGUCUUAUUGCCGGUACUCCGGAAGCCGACUAUUCAGCAAAUGCAUUAUAUGAAGGUGCUGCUCCAAAAGCCAGACUCAAUGUCAUUGAAAUCUCAGAUACAACAAUUGAUUCUCAAAUCAAUUUCACAAAACUUGCUGAAUCAAUGGACUCUGUUGGUUCUAAGAUCUCAUCGAACAGCUGGGCAUCAUCAGGAUAUUCACCUACCCUUACAAAUGCCUUAAACAAAGUUGCAUUUGAGAACCCAGACAAACUUUUCCUAUUUCCAGCCACUGGUAAUCUCUUCUCAUCGCCAACAGAUGCAGUUAAUGCAUUAACAAUUGCUGGCAUGACGAGACAGGAAAUAUCUAAAAUUGAAAAUGACGGAAAUUCAAAUUUAGUGAUAGUUAUUCCAACUGGAGAAAAACCAGCAACAUUAUAUAGUAAUGAGACAUUCUUUUAUCAAACGAAAUCACCAAUUAUUGAUUAUUCUAAUCUUUCUAUUUCAAACAUUAGUGGUGAUGGCUUAAUGAAGUAUUCAUAUGAAUGUGUUGAAAACAUUCCUGAUGGCACACGUGUUCUUGUUUACCUUGACAACCUGACAAACUGUUCCCGAACCGGUCCCAUUUUAAUCUUAACAACAUCAGAAGAAACAAUUAAUCAAAUGACAAUUGCCAAUUACACAACAGAAAUCAGAUAUAAAACAGAAUUUAACUGGGGCAAUAACAUUUAUGUAGAAACUGCUAAAGGUCCUACAUUCGACGGCAUAAUGAAACCAGACAUCACAUUCUCUGGAUCAGGAGCUAGAUCAGCUAAAGCUAAUUCAACACUUGGAGAUACUUCAUUUGACAGUUUAAUUCAAUUGGAAGGUGUAUCAGCUGCAACAGCACUUUCAGCAGGUCAAUUUGCAUUAGUCAGAGAAUUCUUCGAGAAAGGAUAUUAUUCUUCAGGACAACCAAAUCCAGACGAUGCAUUCAGUCCAUCAGCAAAUUUACUUCGAGCUAUUGCUGUAAAUUCUGGUCGUCGAGACACUUUUACACAUACUCUUGGCCAUGGUCCAGCAAUUCUUUGUGAUGCUCUUGGCGUUGGCGUUGAUCAUCCAUUCAAUGGCGGUGCCAGAUUUUUGGAUAAAGUUAAAAUAGGACCAAACGAACACAUUAUGUAUGAAUUUAGUACAAUAAAGAAUAAUGGCUUUGCUGUGACAAUGGCAUAUCUUGAUUUACCUUUACCAAGAGACAAUGGAAAUCUUGUUUACAUCGAUUUGAAUUUGAUUGUUGAAUACAAUGAUUCAAUAUAUGCAGGAAAUUCCAUUUACGGUACAGCAGAAGCAGAACAGAGGUCUACAAUAGAAAGAGUUUAUAUCCCACAAAUCGACCCUGGUAAAGUGAAAAUCCAUAUUUAUUCAAAUAAUUUCAUUGUCGAUGAUGACGUUGAAGUCACUUUUUCAUUAGCAAUUAGAGGCGGUUUUGACACUCAAAAUGAUACUAUUCCAUUCACACUUCAGAAGGUGGAGAACCCAACAUGUCCAGCUAAUUGUUCCGGUCAACCAUGUGGAGAAAAUGGCUUCUGUCAGUGCGAAGGAAACAGUCGUGGUUAUUUCUGUCAAGCAACGAUGUAUAAUGCAACAGGAAAUGUACAAAAUGCUCCUGAACUGGGAAUGAGCAGUUAUGAACCAACAUGGCAUUUCGUAGAUCUUCCAGCUGGAUAUCAAAUUGUUCCUCAAAUAUGGACAUACGCUCCUUUUUAUCCAAAUAUAGUAGAAAGAUACUUUAUCAUCGUUACACAAGGAUCAACAAGUCUAAGUGAUGCUAUAUUCGAGUAUAGACUCCGCGCUCAAUAUGGUCUUCAGCGAUUCAAUUUACCUGAGAUUAAUGCAGAUGCAGGCAGAAUAUUCUUCGCUAUAUUCUCUGACUCAAGAUAUCAGGAUAAUAAUGUCAUAGCAUAUAAAUUUGGCGCAGAAGUUAGAUGGAUUCCAACACCAAUGGAGACACCAAUUCCAAGUCCAACGCCGCCGCCAUCACCAACAUUCGCAGAGACACCAGUUGAAACAGUCUUCGAAACACCAUAUUUGACUGCAUUUGAAACAGCAUUUUCUACUGCACAUUCCACUCCAUUUGAAACAUCAUUUGAAACACCAUUUUCAACUGCAUUCUCGACCGCAUCAUCUACCGCAUUUUCUACUCCAUAUGACACUCCAUUUUUAACUGCGUUCGAAACCGCAUUUGACACUCCAUUUUCUACCGCACAUUCUACUCCAUUUUCAACAGCCCAUCAAACACCUGACUUAUCAAAGGCAGUUACUCCAUUCGAAACUCCAUUUAUUACAGCAUUCGAAACAGUAUUUUCAACCGCAUCAUCAACUCCGUUUGAAACAGCAUUUUCCACUCCACAUUCAACACCAUUUUCUACUGCAUUUGAAACUAUGUUCGAUACACCAUUCAUUACAUUCAAUCCUACUCCAGUUGAAACCAUCUCUCCUACACGUUCAUUAGCACGUACUAUUGCACAAGGUGGCGCCGCAGUUUCAACAUCAAGUAACACCGAACAACAGAAAGACAAUGGUUCCAGUUCUAAAUCCAAUCCACUGAACUUCAUGAUCAUUGGUAUUGUUUGUACAUUGAUUUUGAUUUCAUUGAUCAUUGUUGGUAUUGUUUUAUAUGUUCGUCACAAGAAGAACAACGAAGACAACAAUAGUAAUGACAAGAGUGCGGAAAGUUCAGAGACCGAUCCAUUAAAUGUUGAUGCUGAAAAGACGAAAUAUCUUACCGAAAUUCUUACUACUAUUGCAUAUGCAUCCGACACGGAUGAUCCAUUCUUUAAUGGUGAUGAAGAUGAAGAUGCAAAUAAUAUCUUUAUUUAA